AUGAUUUACACUGUCUGUGAAGUGAAGGCUCAGUCAGUGUUUGCUUCAGUGUCUGUGUUUCUGUGGCGUGUGUUUGAGGUGUUUGCCGUGGCCGUGAGGUAUGAUGGGAGCUCUGCAGGCUUCGAGCUGCUGGACCACACCGCGGACCGUCUGUCCCGCCGGAUCAGAGCCGCUCUGUUUGAGAUCCGGUCCAGAGCUGUGUCGGACCCGAGCUGGAUCCCUGCAGAACCCCUGCGAGACAACAGCUUCAGCGUCACUCGUCUGGACCGAGAGCAGACCGUCCAGUGGCUGAAGAGAGACAGACUGCCGUAUUUCCUGCAGAGCGACUGUUAUUUCGAGUUCAGGCUGGCUAAGUGUCUGUCCCAGCUCAGCGGUGCUUCAUCCUCUCCAGCGCUGCGGUGUGAUGACGAGUGCCGUCUUCUGUCUGCUCGGCGGUUUGGCAGUUCUUCAGAGGAGACGGACAGCAGCUUCAUCUCUCCAAACACUGACCGAUCAGAGCCGGACGACUGCAGCACAGCACACGGUCGUUCUCGAUCCAGCUUUCUGGAGUUUAAGAGGUCUCUGGUCGGCGGGCCGGGAGAGAAUAUUCUUCAUCUGUGGAUGGACAUCGAACGACUGAAAACACUCAGCGCAAAGACCAAGAGCAGGUAUUUAGGGUGGAUGAAGGGUCAGUAUGUGGUCAGCAGCAGCGCAGCGGCUCUGAGUGAACAGCUGCUCUCUAGACUGGGCUUGAACAGCACCACCUGCUGGAGAGAGGAGCGACUGCGGGACGUUCAGCCCCGUCUGUCAGAGAUCCUGCUGCUGUACUGGGGUCAGCGCUUCCGCUCGAUUCUGUCGGAUCAGUGGCAGAUAUGUGAGAGAGUGUUGAGUUCUUCUGUCUGCGCAGACACUGAUCCGCAGCCCGUCUGCACCUGCAGUGACAUGAGAGUUGAGCUGGACGGCACUGAGAUUCAGACACUGCUGGAGGUUCUACACACUGAAUCCAGAUCUGGUUUCUUUUUCACUCAUUUCUGUCAGAAUUCAGGGCAGCAGCUGUGGGAAAAUGCUGUGUAUUUCUGCUCAGAACUACUGCAGUACCACCAGCUCUUCUGCCAGAACAGAUUUGAUCCGUACAGAGCACAACGCAUGGCUCAGCUGCGUAUGCCUCGUACCUGAGCAGCGGCGCUCAGAUGAGUGUGGGCUUGAGCGAGGAGGACAGGAGAGCCAUUCUGCUGCGUCUCAGUCCCCCGUUCGA